AUGGACGACGCGAAACUCGACCAGGAAGUCGUUGUGCUUGUACCUCCAGCCAGCGGCGUGGACGAACGCGCCUCGUCGCCAUGGCCGGACCUCCUACCGGAGCUGGCGGGCAUGGUCUUCUGCCGUCUCCUGUCCUACAGAGACCGCCUCCGCUUCCAAGCCAGCCUCCCCGACGGCGAGGUGCACCGCCUCGUCCCCGACCCCGACGACGACGAACUUCCCGGCACCGUCUGCCGCGGCUCCUUCGAUGGCUGGCUCCUCUACCACCGGCCGCCGGAGCAGCCGCCGCCGCAGCCGCAGCGCCAACCCGAGUGCUUUCUGAGGAACCCUCUCUCCAUGGCCAAGAUUGCUCUGCCCAACCACGCUCCCGUCGGGCUCUGCCCCGGCGGCUGCUACGACGCCAUGUGCUUCCCCAAGCCCGAGGAAUUCAUGCGCAAGAUCAUCGUGCGCUCGCCGGACCACGUCGCCGCCAUGACUGACUAUUUCAUCCUCCUCCACCUUCCGCCCAAGCCGCCGCAGUUGCCGUACUGGUCAUUCACGGCCGCCACCAUCUCCAUCGACGACGGCGGCCUCUUUACCUCGCACCACUGCUGGCGCGACAUGGCCUUGUACCACGGCAAGCUCUACUCCAUCAGCACCGGCGAGGAGCUCUUCGUCCACGAGUUCAGCAGCAGCGAGGCCGUCUCGUCGCCGUCAUCGUCGACGACGACGGCAACGCAGCAUAGACCUCGCUACUGCCGCGGCGAGGUCGUGAUCGACACAGCUCCUCCUCUCGACGACGAAGAACACGGUUACUAUUGGGUGCGCAACCUCCACCUCGUCGAGUCGUGCACCGGCGACAAGCCGCUGCUGAUGGUCCGGUGGCGGUGGCGCCUCCCCGCCGUCUACGAUUACCGCCAUUGGUGCGCCGACGAGCUGAGCAAGGAGAUCAAGCUGGACGUGUUCGAGGCGGACAUGGAGAAUCGCCGGUGGUCGGAGGUGGAGGAGAUAGGUGACCAGGCAAUCUUCCUCGGCAACACCAACUCCAAGGCAGUCCCGACAUUGCCGGAUCAUGGGAGCUCCAUAUUCUUCUUGGGAUCCAUUGUUACUGACUACUGCUUGGAUGGGAUCAUCGAUGGCAUCGGCGACUGCGCCUACGGUGUGUAUAACAUGAAGAACGGCACUUUCAGGUUCGAUAAUCCGGUGUCCAUAAAGAGGGAUAGGGUGCCUUUAGGGUUAGAUGAUGAUGGAUACCCACCUAAACGAUGGAGACCUCGAUGGAUAGCUGAUUGGUUCUUCCCGUCUUAA